AUGUUAUUUCUACCUUUGAGUUUGAUAGCAGUAGGGUUAGUACUGGCUUGGUACCUAAUAGGAAAGCGCAAUGAGAGCUACUGGAAAAAGCGUGGUGUAAAGUUCUAUAGUAAAAACAAAGUGAUUGGACCUUAUUGGGAUUAUUUCUUAACGCAACGUGCACUGUUUGAGGUCUUAACAGACCUGUACAAAAAAUAUAGACACGAACCAGCUAUUGGUAUUGGUCAAUUCUUAACACCUUCACUCUUUGUCAUCGAUCCGAAGAAUGUGCAGCAAGUUUUAUCAGGUGACUUCCAAUCCUUCAACCACAGAGGCCUUGAAAGUAUUGAAGGGGACCAAUUGACAGAUAAUAUUCUUAUGAUGAAUGGUCCAAGAUGGAAGCUGAUGCGACAGAAUAUGACUCCAUUGUUUACGGCAAACAAAUUGAAGAACAUGUAUUACAUCAUGGACAAAUGUGCUCAAGACUUCGCGAAUUAUUUGAAAAACAACCCCAAGACACGUGAUGGUAAUUUAUUUGAAACUCUUAUGAUGUUCUGUAAUGCUGCUGUUUGUGGAGCUAUCUUUGGCAUUGGAUCGGAGUCAAUCUUCGACACACCUUUCCUCAAGCUCGCCAAAAGCAUAUCACAAUCCAAUUUUAAAAUGAGAAUGAAAUUCGUUAUUUUAAGUAUCAGUCCAAAGUUGUUUAAAUUAUUUAGAUUACAAGCUUUCAAGGAGAUUGAAGACUUCUUCAUUGGUUCCAUAAGUCAAGUGAUGAAAUCAAGAGAAAAUGAAAAUGUAAAGAGACACGACUUUGCUGAAAUUGCUGUAGCUAUACAGAAGAACGGUACCAUGAGAGAUCGUACAACAGGUUGCGAAAUAGAGCCUACGACGGGCAUUCUUUCUGCACAAGCAUUUUUCUUCUUUAGUGCUGGUGUAGAGCCUUGUGCCAAUGCAAUUUUUUCAACAUUAAUUCUUUUAAGCAGUCACCAAGAUAUACUAGAACGAGUCCACCAAGAAAUUGACGAACAUUUUGAAAAGCACAGCAACAAUAUCACCUAUGACAUUAUAGCUGAAAUGAAGUACACAGAUAAGGUGCUGAGUGAGGCGAUGAGAAUGUUCCCUCCAAUUGGUCAUUUGACAAGACAAUGUGUUCAAAAUACAGUCCUGCCUGUUGGUAACAUACCAAUAGAGAAAGGGACAAAAAUGUAUACCCCUAUUUAUGCUAUUCAUCACGACCCAGAAUUGUAUCCAGACCCAGAGGUGUUCGACCCGGAGCGAUUCUCCAAUGAUAGGAAACCUAAAGACAACAUUUACAUGCCAUUUGGUAUGGGCAACAGGACAUGCAUCGGUGAGAGGUAUGCCAAAUUACAAGUGCAGGCUGGUUUAGUUCACGUCUUGCGAAACUUCACUGUCAAACCGCAGAAACAUGUAAAGGUAACAUUUGCUCAUGAUCCACUUAAUGUGAGACCGAGAAAUUGCGAUGUCCAACUAAUUCCCAGAAAUAUCAAAUAG